AUGUCGUCAAAACCACAGCUCAAGACCAGCAUCGACUGGUCUUUAUACCUAGUCACAGAUUCCACCCCAGCAAUCCUUGCGGAUAAGGACAUUGUGCAGGUGGUCGAGCAGGCGCUCCGUGGCGGCGUUGGCAUCGUUCAGUAUCGAGAAAAGCACGCCGACACCGGCGCCAUGAUCGAAGUCGCUUCGAGACUCCAUACCGUCACCCAGAAAUACAAUGUCCCGCUACUGAUCAAUGACCGGCUCGACGUCUGUCAAGCGGUUGGUGCAGAGGGAGUCCACAUCGGCCAAGACGACAUGGACAUGGUACAGGCCAGGCAGAUCCUGGGACCGGAUGCCAUCAUAGGAGUUACCGCCUCAUCACCGCAGGAAGGAGAAAAGGCCAUCAAGGAGGGUGCCGACUAUCUAGGCGUCGGCACGACGUUUGCCACACCGACGAAACUCGACACGAAACACAUCAUCGGGACGAGAGGACUCCAUGAAAUCCUAUCCACCUGCGCCACGGGGACAGAAAAGUCCAUCCCUUGCGUUGCCAUCGGCAGCAUCAACGCCUCGAACGUUCAAAGAGUGCUCCAUCAGUCUGCUGCCGGGACAAACCGCCUCAACGGCGUCGCGGUAGUCAGUGCCAUCAUGGCCUCCACCAACCCCGAAGCCGCGGCCAGGAACCUCCUUGACCUGAUCAGAUCGUCCAAGGACACAUUCUACGCAGCUGUCCCGCCCGGGAAGGACGCGAUUACCGACCUCGAAACCCUCACCACGCAAGUCCCCAGCAUUAUCAAGAAGCACGUCUCAUCCAACACACUCUGCCACAACAUGACCAACACGGUGGUGCAGAACUUCGUCGCCAACGUCUGCCUCGCGACCGGCUCCUCGCCCAUCAUGUCCGAGAACGGGCCCGAGGCGCCCGACCUGGCCAAGCUAGGCGGCGCCCUCGUCAUCAACAUGGGCACCGCCACGCCCGACAAGAUCGCCACCUUCCUCGAGGGCAUGAGGGCCUACAACGCCGUUGGGGGCCCCAUCCUCCUCGACCCAGUCGGCGGCGGCGCCACGGCUGUCCGACGCAACGCCAUAAAAACCCUCCUGGCAGGCGGCUUCUUCAGCGUCAUCAAGGGCAACGAGGGCGAGAUCGGCGCCGUGGCAGGGACGUCGACGACCCAACAACGAGGCGUCGACUCCGGGCCCUCCACCGCGACCGAGGCCGACAAGGCCGCGCUCGUCAAGGCCCUGGCCCAGCGCGAGCGGUGCGUCGUCCUCAUGACCGGCAAGACGGACUAUCUCUCCGACGGGGUCCGGACCCUCGCCAUCAACAACGGGUCCGCCUUUCUCGGCAAGAUCACCGGCGCAGGCUGUGCCCUUGGCGCCGUCGUCGCCAGCUACGUGGCGCUCCAUCCGGACGACAAGUUCGUGGCCACGCUGGCGGGCAUCUUGCACUAUGAACUUGCAGCAGAGUUCGCCGAGAAAGACGCUGCGUGUAAAGGUCCGGGCUCCUUCAUCCCGGCAUUUCUGGAUGCGCUGUCCGUGUUCGGCAAUGACGUCGUCGAGAGUGUGAGUGCCGGGAGGAAUGAUAUGCUGGCGCGGAUGGCAAAGGUGGAACUUGUCAAUGUGUGA